AUGGGUUGCAGGAAUGGCUUGUUGCGAGAGUACAUUGUGCCUGAAAUAUCCAAGGACGACUUUCGCAGUCGGCUGAGGGCUGCUCUUGACGACACUCAAUCUACGACGCAGAAUGCUCCUCAGACCUCCGAUCCCUCUCCAGCGUCGUCCUCUGUGCCUGCGCCCGCACCAACAGUGACAGUUGAGCCUGCGCCUACACCUACAUCUGCGCUCUCAGACCCAGAGCAGGGCCAGCCAGAAGCUUCCAGGACACGGCAACCGAAGCAUCGUCAGCAAGAUCCUAGUCCUGGACGAACCCAAGAGGCGCCUCCAAAGGCAGUUGGUUCCGAUCGUGCUCCUCGGUCUACGCAGAAAAACCAACAAUCGAAGAGAGAGCAACAAGUUCGGCAAUACGUCGCCAAUAUCCAGAAGCAAAGCACCGUCGAGUCGAAAAAGGACACAUUAUCGUCUCCCGCCACCGAUGCUGGAUCGGGUGUCGCACCUUCAAAAGAAGCGUCGACGCCACGCCAACCAUUACCUCCCAAGCAAUAUCGUCUACAAGUCCGAUUAUUUGAUGGAAGCUCAGUGCGCAACACUUUUGCACCCGCACAUACUAUCCGCGGGAAUGUACGCCCGUGGCUUGACGGUCUACUACAGAAUGAGAAACGCCCAUAUAAUCUUAAGCAUAUCUUGACACCCUUGCCUAAUCGAACUCUCACGAUUGCCGACGAGGAACGUACACUCGAAGAUCUUGGACUAGGAUCCACGGCGAACCUUGUGAUGAUCCCCAUCAAUUCGUACACAGAGGCAUAUACCUCGUCAGGGCCUAGCUUACCCGUGCGAGCUGCAUAUUCUGCGUACGGCUUGCUCUCCUCUGCAGUUGGCACCGCGACGGCCCUAGUGGGAUCUUUCAUCGGCUAUAACCCGACCCCUUCAGACUCUCCCGGGUCUUCUCCAACCUCCAGUUCGUCUCCUGGGAAUGGAGGUCGGAGUCCACAGCCUGCUGCAUCCAGAGGUCCUAGAAUUCGGACAUUACGAGAUCAACGCGAAGAGCAGAAUGACAGUCAACUGUACAAUGGGAACCAGGUAAGUCGCCACCCGGUUGAGUACAGUACUAUGAUUCACAGGUCGGCUUACUUGUUCUCUAGCUGA